AUGUCCAACUCAAAUCAAUGUUUCACAACAGUGAAUACUGCAUGUAGUAUUAUUCCUCCGUUGGAAGUGUGGCCAUUCAUUUAUUCGGAGCAUUCUCCCGAGAGAGUUUUGGAUUAUGAUAAUAAUAGAGCUAUGUGGCCAGCUCACAUCAAUGUAACAUAUCCCUUUGUUGCUCAAGCUGGAUUUACAGCUGCUAAAACAAAGCUGAAACAAGUGUUUAAGGAAAAUUCAAUUUCUAGUUUUGAUAUAGAGCUUUCAGAUUUUGACAUUUUUGAACAUACACAUACUUCAAUCAUUUUCAUGCGGCCGAGAGUCAUUGGAGAUUCUAGAGGAGAUGAUCUUUUAAAAUUGAUCCAUGACUUGAUUGUCACUGCAUUUAAUAUUAAGGAAAAUCAUGAAUACGAACCUCAUUUAUCAGUUGCGUAUGUGAAAACUGAAGAAGUCUUGAAACGAAAGAAACGACUGGAGGAAAAACUGUUACAACCCAUUCGAUUCACAGUGGAUAAGUUACACUUUUUAGCAACCUCAAAAGAAAAUGGUAAAAUGUACAGCAAGUGUGAAAUUAUGUUAGAUUCGAAUGUGUAG